GAUGCACUUGGGAGAGCCAAGUGGGGCCGCUUUGGUAAGGAAGAGCCUGGCCUUUGGCUCACACUGCACAGUUCUCCCUAUGAGAGGUUCUUAAAGCCACUGGAGGAGGGUGGGAGGACAGAUGCCAACACUGAUGCCUCUGCCCCCAGGAUCGGCCUGGCCAUCGCCCGGCGUCUGGCCCAGGACGGGGCACACGUGGUGGUCAGCAGCCGGAAGCAGCAGAACGUGGACAGGGCGGUGGCAGCCCUGCAGGGGGAGGGGCUGAGCGUGACGGGCACCGUGUGCCACGUGGGCAAGGCCGAGGACCGGGAGCGGCUGGUGGCCACGGCCCUGGAGCACUGUGGAGGUGUGGACUUCCUGGUGUGUGUGGCAGGCGUCAACCCCCUGGUGGGGAGCACUCUGGGGGCCAGUGAGCAGCUGUGGAACAAGAUCCUGGAUGUGAAUGUAAAGUCCCCGGCCCUGUUGCUGAGCCGCCUGCUGCCCCACAUGGAGAAGAGGGGGGGGAGUGCCGUGGUGCUGGUCUCAUCGAUGGUGGCGUACAUGCCAAUACCUAAGCUGGGAGCCUACAACACCAGCAAGACAGCCUUGUUGGGCCUUUCUAAGUCUCUGGCUGUAGAGCUGGCACCUAAAGGCAUCCGAGUGAACUGCCUUGUUCCAGGAAUGAUCAACACGGACUUCAGUAAAGUGAAGAAAGCAAUACCAAACCUGCUCUCUAACUUCAAUGAACUCCAUGGACUGCAGCGGUUCGGGCAGCCUGAGGAAUGUGCAGGAAUCGUGUCCUUCCUCUGCUCCCCGGAUGCCAGCUACAUCACCGGCGAGAACAUCGCGGUGGCCGGCUUCUCUCCUAAGUUGUGAUGUGGGCGGGUUAAGAAAGUGGGACUGUGGCCCUUGGUGGAGGAGGGGCUUGG